AUCAAUAUCUCCUUCGCAGGAAGUCGCGAGCAGAAGAUGAGAAGCUUUAGCUCAGAGUUUUAAUGGCGGCAUCCCUAUCUCCAUCUGCUAUAUCGUUCUUUCGUACAGAAUCCAAAGUGAAGUCUUCGGAAGUUGAUAUUCUGAGUUUACCGAACCCUAGUAUUCUAAUACCCAAAUGCACUUCUCUGCGAGAGCUGAUACAAAUUCAGGCCUUUGCGAUCAAAACCCACCUCCAGAACGAUCUUUCCUUCAUCACCAAGCUCAUAAACUGGUGCACUGAAUAUCCGACGUCCACAUCCAUGGCGUACGCGCGCCACUUGUUCGACACAAUGCCUGAACCAGAUAUUGUGGUUUUCAACUCAAUGUCUCGUGGGUAUUCCCGAUCCAAGACACCGCUCGAAGCUUUCUGCAUCUUCGUCGAGAUCCUAGAUCAUGGGCUUUUGCCCGAUGACUACACUUUCCCGUCUCUCCUCAAGGCUUGCUCUGCAGCGAAAGCUCUGGAGGAAGGUAGGCAGUUGCAUUGUUUCGGGAUGAAAUUCGGGCUGGACGACAAUGAAUAUGUGUGUCCUACGCUGAUCAACAUGUACAUGCAGUGUGAAGAUGUGGAUUCAGCUCGUUGGGUCUUUGAUCGGAUGGUUAAACCCUGUCUCGUCUCGUAUAACGCCAUGAUCACAGGUUAUGCAAGAAGCAACAGACCGAACGAGGCUUUAUCCUUGUUCCGUGAAAUGCAAGGUAAGAACUUGAAGCCGAAUGACAUCACCCUUCUCAGUGUCCUGUCUUCAUGUGCUUUGCUCGGAUCGUUAGAUUUAGGGAAUUGGAUACACGACUUCGCCAAGAAACGCGGGUUCUGUGAAUACAUGAAGGUAAACACUGCUUUGAUCGAUAUGUUUGGCAAAUGCGGUAGCUUGGAUGGUGCUGUGUCUGUUUUCAAAGGCAUGAGCCAGAAAGAUACGCAAGCUUGGUCGGCCAUGAUUGUGGCUUAUGCAAAUCAUGGGCAAGCUCACAAAGCCAUGUCCAUGUUUGAGGAAAUGAGGAAUCAAAACGUGCAGCCUGAUGAGAUCACGUUUCUUGGUCUGCUUAAUGCUUGUAGCCACACCGGUCUAGUGGAUGAAGGCCGUGAAUACUUCUCACGUAUGGUGGAUGAAUUCAAGAUAGUUCCGAGCAUAAAGCAUUAUGGUUGUAUGGUGGAUCUUCUUGGUAGAGCUGGACACUUGCAUGAAGCGUAUAGAUUCAUUGACGAACUUCCAACAAACCCUACGCCGGUAUUGUGGCGGAUUCUCUUAUCAGCUUGCAGUAGCCAUAACGAUUUGGAGUUAGCUAAAAGGGUAAUGGAAAGGAUCUUUGAGCUCGAUGUCUCUCACGGUGGCGAUUACGUGAUUUUAUCAAACUUAUGUGCGAGAAACGGGAAAUGGGAGGAAGUCGAUUCUCUGAGAAAGCUAAUGAAGGAUCGUAGAGUGGUGAAAAUCCCCGGAUGCAGUUCCAUAGAGGUAAAUAACAUAGUUCACGAGUUUUUCUCGGGUGACGGGGUUAGUACCGUCUCUUCAGAUGUACAUAGAGCUUUGGAUGAAUUGGUGAAAGAGCUGAGGCUUUCAGGGUAUGUUCCUGAUACAUCCAUGGUGGUCCAUGCCGAUAUGAACGACAAAGAAAAGGAGAUAACGUUAAGAUAUCAUAGCGAAAAGCUCGCCAUUGCGUAUGGAUUGAUGAACACUCCUCCUGGAACGACGAUUAGGGUUGUGAAGAAUCUUAGGGUUUGUCGAGAUUGCCAUUCCGCCGCUAAGCUGAUCUCCUUCAUCUUUGGUAGGCAGAUUGUUCUCAGAGAUGUUCAGAGGUUUCAUCACUUUGAAGAUGGCAAGUGUUCUUGUGGGGAUUUCUGGUAAUGCAAUUGUAAAUGUUUCCAACCAUAAUCUCUAAUCCAUUAUUACAAUAUGUACAUCUCUGUCAACUUGUGAGAACUAAGUUUCAGUUUCAGUAAUGAAGUUAAAAUCAUCAUAUCCAAAAAAACAAGACAUGUUUUUUUCAGAACAAUA